UCAUGAAUUCUCUAAAUAAUGGUCUGAAUAUAAGUGAUGUAUUAAGAAAUAUGCCAUCUUUUACAUCUAUUAAAACUUUAGAAUUAGUAGAAUCUAUAGUAAAGUAAUUUGAAUAUGACAAAAUCAAAUCAGAUUUAGAUGAAGAAGGUGAACCUGAAAAACCUAUGAAUGAUUAAUGGAGGAGAUAAAAUGCAUAAUUAAUGAAGGAAUACAUAAGAAAACCUGAUAAUAAGAUUGAAGAAUUAGUUGAAGAAUAGUUUGAAGAAAAGCCUCCUUCUUGGGAAGAAUUUUAACCUGAAAUAGUAUAAACAUAAUAGGAGCCUGAAAGCGAUUUAUAUGAUGAUUAAUUGAGAAGUCAGUUAUCAUAUAGAGAAAAAAUGAGAAAAGAAUUUGAAGAAAAUCAAGCUCAAAUUGAAAAGGAGAAAUAGGAAGAACGAAGAAAAAUAAGAGUUUUAGUAGAUGGUUAACCAGAAAAAGUAACUUAUGAUAUUGAUGGUAAAAUAAUACUUAAAGCUAAGAGAGUGCAAUUGGCUCCUGUUAAAAAGAUUGAAGGUUAAUAAAUGAAAGAAUCAGCUCCAUCUCAAACAAAUGAAUUGGCAGUUAUCAAACCAAGACGACCAACAUUCCCAAAACCUAAAUUAAAAGUAUUUAAAGUAUAACCAAUAAAUGAAAAUGGAGAAGCUCAAAAGAUUAUAGCAUAAUAAGAAAGAAAUCCCUUGCAGGAAUUCAUGGAUGUUUUAGAAUUAAAACCAGGAGUUUUUCUUGAAAUUGAACAGUAUGAAAAAGGAUAACGGAAUAAACAUACUUAAGCAUAAGAUUUACCAUAUAAAAUCUAAAAUAAAAUGGAUCAAUAUUUAGCAUCUGAAUAAUCAUAAUCUAUACGUUUAUCAAAAGAAGAAUAUUCAAGUAUUACAAUCAAUAAUAGUAUUUUGAGAGGAUCCUAUGAAAAAUCUUAUUUAAAGAAGAAAUCAGGCAUUCGAUAAAAUACAACUCAAAAAACUAAAUAAAGUGAUUAUGAAGAUAUUAUACCUAAAAAUGGGAUUGUGAAAGUCAAUGAUAUAGGCAAAUUUUAUGAUUUAUUAAUUAAAGACUCAGAGAUUAUAGAGGAGAAUACUCAUACUGAAUUCCCACCAAUUUUAAUAGAUAAAUAAGAUAGUAUUAGUAUAUAGGAAUUCAAGACUCCUAUAAAAUCAGAACUUCCAUCUAUUCCUGCCACAUAAUUCUAUAAAUAUCUCUCAAAAUAAUAACCAACUAGUCUAUCAAGAAUAGAUAAUAAUAGUGUUACUGGAUCUGUUACAUCUAAAUUAACUAGAGAUAGAUCCAUGCCUGAAGUAAUUAGCAAUAUGAAAUUGCAUUAAUGUUUAGCUGCUCCUAAAAUUGGUAAGUUCUUAGGAUUCGGAAUUAAUCAAAAAUAUCAAUUCUGA